UGUUUCGUGAGGUUCGAUUUCUCUUCUCUCAUUCACAGUGUGUUCUUCAGUUGUUUAUGACUUCCUGAACUGUCAAUGAGUUAAUCAUGGGUUUAAUAUGUAUCAAAUUGAAGCUUAUAAUGAACCGUUUAGAAGAAGAUACGUUUGGAUAUUUACAUAGGCUAAUGAUGUGUGUUGCUAUCUGUAUCUAAUUUGUCUUUAAAUUAUGAUGUGAGAGAUUCAAGACAUAGAAGAAGAAGACAAACGUGAACGUCUUUAAAUUAUGAAACCUCUCUCUUAAAGUUCUCACCUGUAUUGAGAUUUUCUCUCUUGAGGUGUUCAACAAUGGCGGAUCAAUCUCUUCUACACUCUCCGAUCAAACCACAUUUCUUCAAGCCUCUUCUUGAAGGCUUUCGCACUCACCUCAACAUUCCUGUUGCUUUCUUCUCGAAGCAUGUUGAAGGAAAAAACGAUCAAAACAAGACUGUGAACCUGAGAUCAGACGCGUCAGAGAAAACUUGGUUAGUGAAGAUGGACGGUUUGAAUUUAACCGACGGGUGGGAAGAUUUUGCCUUUUCACAUGAUCUCCGAAUUGGUGACAUUGUCGUUUUCAGACAUGAAGGAGAAAUGGUGUUUCAUGUCACAGCUUUAGGACCAAGUUGUUGUGAGAUUCAAUAUUAUACAUCAUCUCAUAACAUCAAUGAUGAUGAUCGUAAUGAUCAGACCAAUAUUGGUAAGCUUUUGCUCUCUGAAAUGACAGC